AUGCCUGUCCUCUACCAUACCAGUCCUCCACUGGCGACUAAUAUUCACUUCUCUUUUGUCGACUUAUUAUGCAUUAUAUGUUUGACUCAUUUGUUGUCUGUCUUUCCUCUACCUACCGGUGCAGUCGUCCGCCGCAAUCCAAUUACUGGCGAAGUAUAUGAUGAGCCAAAAACCAAUGGUCACAAUGGCGUCAACGGCAGAGUGAAUGGGAUGAACAGACUCAAAGACUUCUCCAAAUCGUAUAUGGAUCGGCAUCACUACCAACUACUCCCGUUCGUGUCCGUCAACCACCAGUUAUACCGCCAAGAGUUACAGAAAAGGAAAGGCAUGGAGACUACAGAGACUCCGUAUAGUAGAGUAGGAAUUCCUUUAAGAAAGAGAAUGCAAGACAUGUGGAAAAUGUUCCGGGAUCUUCUAAAACACUGCGACAAAUAUCCACACAAUAAACACCCCCUCCUCUCGACGCCCCAACACUUCUAUACCCACUAUAAAUACAUUACAACUACUACUCCGAUGGACGUCUCCCUUACCUGUGAGAGAGAGGACUAAAAAACAACUAUUGAAUAGAUUUUUGUCAAAAAAUAUAUAAUUAUUAUUAAUUAUGAAAAUAUAAAAAAGUUUGCAAAACAUAACAAAAACAUAUUUCUCUCGACUCUCCCGAC